AUGCAGGAUCACUACAUUGGUAUUGACGUUGGUACCGGUUCUGCCCGUGCCUGUCUUAUAGACUCGUCUGGAGACAUCAAAGCUCUAGCAUCAGAGGCCAUUAAGCUAUGGCAGCCCCAGCAAGGUUACUAUGAACAAUCAACUACCGAUAUCUGGCACUGUAUUUGCCAUUGUGUGCAGCGCGUCGUCCACCAAUCCGGAAUCGACGUCAGUCACAUCAAGGGCUUAGGUUUCGAUGCUACUUGUUCGCUCGCAGUCUUCUCUGAAAAAGAUGACCAACCUGUCACUGUUACCGGUCCAGACUUCGAGAACGACGGCAACGAUCGCAAUGUUAUCUUAUGGCUAGACCACCGUCCCGUCCAAGAGACGGACAAGAUCAAUGCUACAGGCCACAACCUGUUGCGAUAUGUAGGCGGCAAGAUGAGCAUUGAGAUGGAGAUUCCUAAAGUAUUAUGGCUGAAGAACAACAUGCCUAAGGAGCUAUUCGACCGCUGCAAGUUCUACGACUUGACAGAUGCGUUGACUCAUUUGGCUACCGGCAACGAGAACCGAAGCUUCUGCAGCACAGUUUGCAAGCAAGGCUACGUCCCUAUCGGCGUAGAUGAAAGUGAGAAGGGUUGGCAAGAAGAUUUCUUCACUGAGAUCGGACUAAGCGACUUAGCUAAAGACAAUUUCAGGCGCAUGGGAGGCGUGAAUGGAACUAAUGGUAAAUACUUUAGCGCGGGAGAACUGGUUGGUCAUCUGUCUGACCAUGCUAGCAAGCAGCUCGGACUGCAGGCUGGCAUAGCAGUGGGCAGUGGUGUAAUUGAUGCCUACGCCGGCUGGGUCGGUACCGUUGGAGCAAAGGUUGACACCGAGUAUGGUCACGCGGACGAGAGCGCCCCGGCAAACGAUCUCGCCCAAGCCUCUACCCGACUUGCUGCCGUAGCUGGCACAUCUACCUGUCAUCUUGCCAUGUCCGAGAAACCCGUGUUCGUCAACGGAGUAUGGGGACCCUAUCGUGACGUACUCCUGCCGAACUACUGGUUAGCAGAGGGUGGCCAAUCGGCAACGGGUGAGCUUUUGAGGCACAUUCUCGAGACACAUCCGGCACAUAAAGAGAUUGUACCUCUUGCGGAAGCUAUGCACAUGAACAUAUACGAUUACAUGAAUGGCCAUCUAAGGGAGUUAGCUGAGAAGACUCACGCUCCUACCGUUUCCUACCUUGGACGGCACUUCUUCUUCUACGGUGACCUGUGGGGUAACCGAUCGCCCAUUGCGGAUCCCAACAUGAAAGGAUCUGUAAUUGGUCUCAGUUCUGAUUCUAGCGUUGAUGGUCUUGCCCUAUAUUACUAUGCCACCAUGGAGUUCAUUGCCUUGCAAACGCGACAGAUCAUAGAGGCUAUGAACAAGGCAGGCCACAACAUUCAGACUAUUUUCAUGUCGGGCAGUCAAUGUCAGAACGAUAUGCUUAUGGAUCUCAUCGCUACUGUCUGCGAUAUGCCGGUAUUAAUUCCUCGAUACGUCCACGCUGCUGUGGUGCACGGGGCGGCCAUGCUUGGUGCAAAGGCAGCAAGCGCAGAUGCCGAUGGCAAGACUGAGAACCUCUGGACUAUCAUGGACCGAAUGAGCAAGCCGGGUCGGCUCGUUAAGCCCGGGAGUGACGCGAACGAGAAAAAACUCUUCGACGCCAAGUACGAAGUAUUCCUAGAGCAGUGCCGGACCCAGCGGGAAUACCGUUCUAAAGUUGAUCAGGCUACUAGUUCAUGGGGCCCUGGCGGUGUCAACCAAACGGCCAAUACAGCUUCUACUUCCGGGCCGACGUCUUCGUUAUUUGGUACCGCUACUAAUCCUGCGCAGCAACAGCAGCAGCAGCAGCAGCAGCAGCAGCAGCAGCAGCAGCAGCAGCAGCAGCAACAGCAACAGCAAUCCAUAUUUGCAAGUACCGCCGGUACAUCAUCUGCGACUCAACCGACCCAAACUAGCAGCCUAUUUAAUAGAUUCGCUACGGCUCCUUCAAAUCAACAACAGCCUCCAGCAGGAGGCCUUACCGGAUUAUCUACUGGCAAUCAGCAGCAGCAGCAAGCGGGAAGCAUGUUUAGUACCUCGGUCGCCCGGCCUACCCAACCCGCCACUGGUGGCUUUAGUCUCGGACAGUCUACAAACAACCAAGCUCAAGGACCAUCUCAAGGGCUAUCAUCUAUUCUUGGAGUUAGUCAGCUAAAUGCCAGCGUGCUACCCCAGGGUAAUACGACAGGGUACUUCGACAGCUUGCUCUCGAAAGGCAAGAAGCAAGGUAGCGAACAAUCACCACUCGAAGAUCUUCCCAGCCUUCAACUUGGCCUUGGAGACCUUCGUCAGCGCCUUCGAAAGCUAGGUCCGCAAGCGGAUCCUUUGGCUCAUGAAAAAGCUCGCUUUAUCCUGGCCGCGUCUGGCGUAGAGCCGGCAGCAGCGGUGCGAGAGUUGAACGAUUUCGACGUCCGGAUCGGAGGCCGCGUCGAACGCCCUACACCCACCUCGGCCGUGGACGUUGACAUCGAUACAUAUCUCUCGAAUAUACAGAAGAAGACGACUCUCAGUAUGAUCGCAGACGGUCUGGAAAGAUCGGCUAAGGACUUCGAUAAUUUUCUUGAAGAUAACGUUACGAUGGAGUGGGAGGCACAGAGGAAGCGUAUCUACGAACACUUUGGUAUUAAGACUAAAGACGAUGGACCCGUUGAAGGACCGCCGGGAGCAGCCAACAGAGAGUCGCAUGCGGGCUUUGGUCGGUCACGACGAACAACUAAGACGGCGAGGUCUUCGGUAGCAGGUAUCAAGGCCAGCGCAUUUGGACGGUCAAAUCUUCAGAAGUCGGUCAUUGGCACUCCUAGCAAGAUUGGUAGUCAUAAGACCGAAUUUACGGAUAUCCAGGAUGCGACGGGAAGCCCAAGUACCCUAAAUGGUGCCACUUCGAUCGACGAUCGAUUUCUCAGAGAGAAACAGGGUCGCCUCGCAGAACGAGUUCGACAACUUAAUCUUUGCCGAAUCGAGAAGCAGCCUUACCCUAUUCUACACGAGCUUGCGCAGGUGGCAGGAAAUUCCGGUGAUAGACAUGCUCAGCAAUUAGUUGAUGCCUAUCACGCUGCCAUGACUAUCGUCGGGGAAAACCCAGAAGCGGAAACGUUUGCGGGCGAUGCAACGGCAAAAGAACGCCAAUUCAAGGACAAAUACUUGGACGUGAAUGACAAGUCUCCCGGAUCAAUAGAAAUGCGAAAAAGGAUCCUCAACGGCGCGAACGCCUUCUUAGAGAGGAAGUUUUUCCAAGAGAUCGAGAACGUCAUCGCCAAAUACCCAAGAGAGGCAAAUUUGGGAGGUCGCCCGGACGUCAUCAGCAAGAUCAAGGCAUAUGUUCGAUUACGACACUCACGGAAAGACCUUGUACCUGAUAACGUCGAUCUUCAACAAGUCGACGGUGAAUUCGUCUGGGCUAUCGUAUUCUAUCUGCUACGGUCUGGGAAGAUUGCCGAGGCGGCUGAUUAUGUUAAGGCUCAGUCGACUACUUUCCGGAGCAUUGAUCGUACCUUUGCAUCAUACCUCCUCGAGUAUGUUGGUAGCCCCGAUAGGCGAUUAAGGCGCCAGUUGCAGGAGCGCUGCAAUAACGAGUAUAACCAACGAGCUCGUAAUGCACCGGAGAACUCUAUCGACCCGUACCGAAUGGCUUGUUAUAAGAUUGUGGGACGCUGCGACGUGAGCAAUCGUAGCCUUGACGGUCUGAACACAGAGAUUGAGGAUUGGAUAUGGCUUCAGUUCAACCUCGCUCGUGAGAAUGACAAGGCAACCGAGGUGGCUGCAGAGUCGUACGGAUUACAGGACUUACGAACAAGCAUUCGGGAUAUCGGCCUCAAACACUUUCCAAAGUCUCCUAGCGAGGACGAUACUGGCACUUUCGGCAUGUUUUUCUUCCUACAGAUCCUCUCGGGCAUGUUCGAGCAAGCCAUCUCAUACUUGUAUACUUUCUCUUACGUGGACGCUAUCCACUUCGCCAUAGCCCUCGAAUAUUAUGGUCUUUUACGCCCUGCGGACCCCUGGAGCACGGCGGACUCGCUUCUAUCGCACGACACUCGCUCCAGACCACAGUUAAGCUUUGGUAGGAUGCUGGGAUACUACACACGCGAUUUCCGGGCUGCCGACGUUGCCUCGGCUGUCGAUUAUCUAACUCUGAUCUGCCUCAAUGCAGACUUGGGCGGCGAAGCGGGUCGGCAACAAGCAGAGCUUUGCCACGCGGCUCUGCGAGAACUUAUCUUAGAGACCAGAGAGUUUAGUAAGCUCAUUGGUGAUAUUAGACCGGAUGGGCGCCGCAUCACAGGUCUCGUCGAAGAACGUGCCUCGCUCAUCGGCCUUCGGGAGGAAGAUGACUUCGUGAAGACGGUUACGCUACAGGCGGCCCGGUUCGCCGAUGAUAACGGGCGGACAACGGAUGCAGUACUGUUGUAUCAUUUAGCUGGAGACUACGACAGCGUGGUGACUAUAGUGAGUCGCGCGCUAAGCGAGGCUAUCGCACUAGAGAUCGGCGAGGAUCCUAUGCGUUUAAUGCCAGUUAAACCCCGAUCGGAUGGCAAGGACCCGGAGGCGCAAGUUGGCAGCAGCUUGAGUCUGGCGUCUAUCGACGAUCCCAUCCAGCUUGCGAUGACGAUGAUGUCGAUGUACGAAAAGGACGCCAUGUUCUAUACGAGAGUCGAGGAACAGAACCGGAUCGCGUGUCAUAUUCUUCUACAAAUGAGCGAUAUCAAGAGCUUGGUCGAGGGUGGCCAAUGGCCCGAGGCGUUGGAUAAAAUACGCGCGUUGGAGAUCUUACCCCUGGAUGCUAACGGCGAUCCGGCUAGGAUCCGACACUACGCAGCAACUUUUUCGGGAUUGUCCCAGACCGUUGCCAUUAACGUGCCGAACCUACUCAUGUGGACUAUUACGUGCUGCAUCCAACAGAGAGAGCGGCUCAUGAGCGGGCAGUUCAGCGGCAACGAAGGCACUCGACGGAUGAUGUGCGACAACUUGAAGCAGAUCAGCAUGGAUCUAACGACAUACACAAGCCAGCUGAGAUAUAGGUUCCCGCCGCACCUGCACGAAGCUCUUGCUCGAGCCUCCGCGGAUUAA